AUGAAAUCGCUUGUGAAAUUUGAAUUUAUGAGAUUCAACGAUUUUUAUUGGAAAGCAAGUUCACAGGAUUUUUCAUUGUUUAUUUAUUGUUCAUCGUAUUUGUGAAUAAAAUCACUGGACAUCAAUUACUCCGGGCAAUUUGGAGAGGGAUUUAUUUUCAUUUCAAACCAUUGAAAUUGAGUUGUUGCACUUAAUGAUAUCCUGAAUAUAGAACAGUUUAAAUUGAUUCAAUGGUCGCAUUAAUCCUGACGGAUAGAUUGGCGUAGGUUGCCCGAAGCAGCUAUUCCAUUUAUAAAGUACACACUACGUUGUCUCAAUACGUGCCAAAGAAAAACAAGAAUUACAACAACGGGAGCCACAGACCUCUCAAAGAAGUCAGUCGUAUCUUUGGAGAGGAAUCGGUAACAGUCCCCUGGAGUUUUCCAAAAGUUAUCAUUGAUAUUCAUUAAAUUCAUUCGAUUAACUCAGAAUAGAAAACAAAAUGGGAAUUUAUCCCCCGUGGAAUUCAACUGACGCAUUAAUAAAUAUUCAUAAGUAGUUGCUUUCAAUGAAUAAAUCAAUUCUUUUGUUCAAUUUUCAACAAUCGUGACUGGAAAAGUCAAUAUACUUUCUGUGCAAUUUCCGUUGACAAUCUGUCGCACGUACGCGGUGAUUAAUAUUCAUCGUGUAAUUAAUCUCGCGUUGGUUUAUCGAUCUCUCGUCAUCGUUGAUUUCACGUGAGGUGCACUAGUAACUGCAGAAUGGAGUUACUCGUUCCAACGGUUUCCGAUAUUGUCUUCAAGUACUCGUGGCCCAUCAAGAGCUACAAGAAAACAGUCUCCAAGAAAACAUUUAUCGAUAGUCCCAGCUUUGAUCUGAAUGUCAAUGGAAUCCGCAGCACCUGGAGUCUCUCCAUCAGGUUCUGGAAGGGGCCUGAGGGGAAAAGGAUCACGAAUCCUGUUGUACUCUGUCUGAAUAUGCUCAGCUGUUCCGUGGAGGAAGUGGAGCAGGCAAAAAUACGAUUUCAAUUCGCUGUAUUCAACGCCAAUAUCAAUCACUGGGAGUUCUGCCAAGUCAGUAGAACUGUCCUCGAGCUUAAGACCACGAAGGACAUAAUUUCCCUGGGGUACAGAGACCUGUCGAUCGUCGAUCGGCAUUACAAGAAAAACGGAGAGGUAUCGGUGAUGGUGAAGAUACAGAUUAUUCAGUGUGAAGUCGAGAAGAACAGUCUGGCACAGGAUAUGGCAAGACUGCUGAAGCAUCCCAAGUCUGUAGACACCAAGUUGACCUGUGGUGGAAGCUCAGCCCACACUGAAAUUCCAGUGCACGCCAGUGUAAUUGCGGCGAGGAGUGAUGUACUGGCUGAUAUGAUAGUGCCAGUCAUUGAAAUUGAUCCACCAAACUCUGACCAGGGAGACAGCGAGAAGAGUGUAAUGAAUAUGCCCUAUCGGUUCACCCUGGACUUGACAGAUCUCUCGCCUGAAUUGACUGAGGAGCUUUUGAGAUACAUUUACACCGAUCACGUGGAUAAUCUCGAUUUUCUAGCGAGUCAACUUCUAGCCAUUGCUGAGAGAUUCAGACUCAAGGGUUUGAAAGAACUCUGUGAGAGAAAUCUCAUCGAAACUCUCACCCCGGAGAAUGUCGCGUCUCUUUUACUGAUGGCUGACGAAUUUAAUUCCGACUGUCUCAAGAGAGCGGGACUCGCCUACUGCGAGGAGAAUGCCAUGAAUAUUAAUAAGAGCUUCGCCUGGAAAAUCAUGGAGCAGGUCAACCCUGAACUCUUCCAUGAGGCGUGCGAGGCUGGCAUUGGGGGGUCACAGUCCAGCAAUAUGGACGACAGCGAAUUGAGCAAUUGAUAAUUUUUCAGGGAAGCUGGGACAAAAUGGGCAUUCAAUUUUUUUUGAAAUUCAAUUAAUUGCGCUAGUGAUUUAAAUCCAAAUAAAAAAUAUAUCGUGAAUGUCUAUUUUGUCCCGCCAUUCUCUGAUAACUGCACAUUUUCCUUUUGCGUUUAUUUGAAAAUGAAUGACUGAAUAAAAUUUAUGAAAUCAA